CAUCCUCAGUGGCCCUGUGCGCCUCGUACUUUCCGGAGGCUGAGCGGCUGGGAUCGGCCUCCGAUCGGGAAGGCGGAACUCCCUUCUGGAAAUACUUUGGAGAACAGUCGCUGUUAGGGGUUCUAGAUCCUAGUGCAUGGCCUUGGAGCCAGUGGUUACACAGAUAAUGGGUCCAGAGAGGAUCUGUCCAAAUGAGCACGAAGAGCUGGGGCUGCAAGAGACACCUGAUGGAACCCCUGAACCUGCUGGGGAGUGGAGUAGUGAAGAACCUGAAGAGGAGGAGGAAGAUGGUAGUAAUGGCUACUUGUACCAGCCACUGAAUCAAGAUCCGGAUCAGGGACUAGCAGCAGCUGAAGAAACGGAACCCAGCACAGAGCCAGCGCCCGAUAUCAAUGAGCGACUUCAGGCAAUGAGACUGCAUCUGCCUGACCCACCUGUGGACAGCGAUGAGGAGGAGGGAACUGCAGCUCAAAACUCUCGCAGCUCUAUCCCUAUGGAUCCAGAACAUGUGGAGCUGGUGAAAAGGACUAUGGCUGGAAUCAAGCUUCCCACGCUUGGAAUCCCUGCGUGGGCCAAUGAAAUCUCGGAUGACCAGUGGCAGGAUAUGGUGCAGCGAACCCUGCAAGCCCGGCAGAGCCAGAGCAGCCCCAAGCCAGAAUGGAACUGAAGACUGGAUCUUGUGCAUCCUUUGCUGAAAGAGCUAAACAUGAAGUGCUGCACUUUAAACCAUUGUCUCUGAACUGGUUGGGUUAGAUAUUUAUCUUUCAUCAGCAUUGAAACUCUGUGUUCACCUUGUCACAUUGAAAAUAUGGCCUAAUUCAUAAGGGUUUUGUGGGGUUUUUUUUUUUGUAAUGCCCAGUCAUAGCUACUUGAGUGGUGGUGCUAGUGAUAUCAGGCUGUUUUCCUAAGCUUGGGGAGAGGGAGAAGCCUCUAGGAGAACUAACCAUCUCAUGAAAUCGCCCUUUGACAUGCAUGAUUCUAGCCCUGCUGUUUACUCUCCCCCCCACCAGCCCCACUCCCCUUUUCCAAGUGACACAUGGGCUUAAGAGCUAAACAUGGCCAUGAGGUGGAGUCCAGCGUGUCAUCUUUUCAAGAGAUCCAUUUUAUUUAGUUCUGUACAUACAGGGACAUCUGUACAAAAUCCAACACUGUCAUACUAUGUAAUACUCUACUGAAAAUAAAGUACACCAUAUGUACAUAAUGAACUGUAAA